AUGGAAAGCUUCCUCAGGGAAUGGAGGCAAGAUGCCCUCAACAAGGCGCAAUACGAAUCAGCUAUCUUUAUCGGCGACAAGCUGCUGGCAUUGACCAAUGACGACCAAGACGCAUUCUGGUUGGCCCAAGUCCACUUCGCGACAGGAAACUACACUCGCGCCCAAGCAUUUCUCUCGAGCCAAAACCUCAUAUCACGAAACCCAUCAUGCCGCUACCUCGCCGGCCAUUGUCUCAUCAAGCAAUCCCGAUUUGAUGAAGCUCUUUCCGUUCUCGGCGACCGCAACCCGACGCAUCUCAUAACCAACGGCGCGAGCAACAAGCGUAAAACACAGCCGCGCCAAACACGACGUCGCGACCCAGUUGCGGAGGAAGAGGCAUCCAACAGGAGAUAUGAAGCAGCCAUGUGCUUCCUGCGAGGCAUCUGCUAUGCGAAGCAGAAUUCGUUUGACCGCGCAAAGGAAUGCUAUAAAGAUGCAGUACGGAUCGAUGUCCAGUGCUUUGAAGCGUUUCAGCAGCUCAUGAACAAUAAUCUGUUGUCGCCAGACGAAGAGUGGCAGUUCCUUGAGAGUCUGGAUUUCGACGCAAUCCAUGUGUCAGGCGAUGCGUCGGCUUCUCAGCAAGCGGCUGAGUUUACAAAGAUGCUCUACACGACACGUCUAUCUAAAUAUCGGAAUCCUGCAGCGUUCGAGACAGCGUACGACUCUCUGUCAACACAUUAUCACUUGGCGUCGAACCCUGAUCUACAGCUUGCACGGGCGGAUCUUUUGUAUACGCAGUGCCGCUACCGGGAUGCGCUGAACAUCACGAACGGGAUUCUACAAGAGGACAAAUACAACUUUAGUGUGUACCCGGUACACUUGGCUUGCUUGUUUGAGCUCAAGGAGAAGAACUUACUAUUCUUGAUUGCACACGAUCUAGCGGACAGCCAUCCCGAAGAGCCAUGCUCAUGGCUCGCAGUUGGUAUUUACUACUUCUCAAUUGGCAAGAUUCCAGAGGCGCGACGGUACUUUAGCAAGGCGAGUAUGAUGGAUGCGCACUUUGGACCAGCGUGGAUAGGUUUCGCACAUACGUUCGCAGCCGAGGGCGAGCACGACCAAGCGAUUUCGGCGUAUUCGACAGCGGCGAGACUAUUCAUGGGUACUCAUCUGCCCCAGGUGUUUUUGGGCAUGCAGAAUCACGCCCUCAACAACAUGACACUUGCGGAAGAAUUCCUUAAAACUGCUUACGGUCUCUGCAAAACGGAUCCGCUAUUAUUGAACGAGAUGGGCGUUGUGAAAUACCACCAAGACAAACCCAAGGAGGCAGCACAAUAUUUUACAGCAGCGCUUAAGAUCGCUGAUGAUAUGGAUAGUGAUCCUUCAGCAUGGUUAGCGGCCAGGACGAAUCUUGGCCACGCAUUCCGAAGACUACGGCACUUUAACCGAGCUCUGGCCGAGUUUGACGAGGUGUUGAGACAGGGAGGAAAAGAUGCAGCUAUCUUCAGUGCAAAAGGUCUCAUUCUGAUGGAGCAGAACAAACCCGAGGAAGCAGUGACGGUCUUACAUGAGGCGUUGGCGGUUAAUCCGCAGGACAGUAUUGCGACAGAGCUGCUUAACAAGGCGUUAGAGGAGACGAUACUGCAGGACGGUGCGGCGGAGUCUGAAGCCGAAGAUUUGAUCGAGUUUGAACGUAUGCUGGGACAGCAAAAGCACGAUGCGGCUGUAAAGGUGAAUGGUGGUCGAAGAACAGUAGGAAGAAUGGAGAAGGGCAAGGGAAGAGUGAGACGAUCACGGAGGAUGACAGUACUGGAGGAUGAGAACGAUUCAGAGGAGAAAGAGGACAGUAUGAUGGAAAUGACCGAUGAUGAUUAA